AUGGCGGACCCGUUUGAAGUGCGCAUGCGCUUUACGAGCCAGCUGCAACACCUCAACGCCUCCGUGACUUCAGCGCAGAAAGCAGCGAACUAUGCGCUCAAGAACAGAGAGAUGGACGAGGAUCUACACUCGUGUAUCCUGGAGCAGCUUGAAAGAAACAAUAUGAACAACCGGGCGAAUAUCAUGUACUUCAUCGAGCACCUAUGCGACCUGGCCCUGCGAGAACACCAUCCUGAGUUCACACGGAUGAUAGAGAGGGAUAUACUGCGCGUUAUCGAUGCUGUUGCGCCGAGUGAUGGGUCUGGAGCUGCUAACGUGAAAGUAGUGCGAAAGGUUCUCCACGCCCUGCAGCAAAAGAAGGUCCUCAUGGCCGACACAGUCGCGGAGCUCGAAGAGUGUCUCAAGGAACGAGAUAUUACUCCAGCCCACCCGGCGCUGGCGGAGGGGCCGAUGAAUGGUGCUUCCAGCAAAUCGUCAAUGCCACAUGGUAGCAGAUUUAACGGGUCGGUGAGGCUGGAUAAGCGACAAAUUGAGCAGCGUAUCGAGGAAGACAGAGAACGCCAUAAGAGAUUGAGAGAGAGCAUCUGGGCGGUCGGUGGGGAUGACGAUGCUGAAUUUGAGAAGAUGUGGGACGACGGGAGUGACAUUGGAGAGGAUGAUUACCUAGCUGCAGAAGAAGACGCGGCUGAGCGAAGACAAACUGUGGAAUAUGGAUGAAACCUGGAAUCUUGCUAGCGUAUUGGGCGGUUAUUUUCACUGGUCGGCGUUUGGUUGGACGCAUCAGGACGGAGAAAAGGAGUCUUUCAGGGACGGAGAUACCAUGCAGAGCACCCUAGGUAUUCAUUCUAUGCUUUUGAACACAUUCAAGAAUCUCGAAACCAUAUUUGUACAAUGCCAACACACUCCCAUACAAGUACAUCAACGUCCCCUCGCCAGAGGUAUGCGACUCGUUAUUUACUCCAUCACAACGACAGCUCCUAGCGCUUUAAACGCCGCUAUCAUCUUCUCGCUCUCCUCCUUUGGUACACCCUCCUUCAUCACCUUCGGCGCGCUCUCCACGAACUUUUUGCUGUCCACCAAACUCAAUCCUAGCAUCGCCUUGACCUCCUUAAUGACCUUUGGUUUCGCGCCCCCAUCGAACGAUUGAAGCU